AAUCAGCUGUGGUUUCCCCAAAAUCCAAAUGAGCUGAGGUUGAGUCCAAAAAUCUAAAAUAACAUUGAAUUAUGUAAUUUGGUUUAUGUCGCAUAAUAACAUAGCUUUCGGCUGUAAUUUUUGCGAUUCCAGUUUGUAGUGUUCAUUUAGAUAUUAUAUAAAAAAAAAAUAGUUUAUAGGUUAUAAAAGUUAUCAUCAAAAUGAAAAUACUCCAAAACAUACUAUCUGCUUCUAAAUGUUCUUGGAUGUGGUCAUGUAAACGAUUUCAUAGUAGUAAAAAUGUUUUGAAAUUGAGUGAGCGUGGCAUGUACCAAGACAUGUUUCCUAACAAUGCUGCAAAUGAGAUAAUCGAUCUAGUAUGUAAAUCCCCACAAUGUGUCUACGCUGGUUUUGACCCAACAGCAAACAGUCUGCAUGUUGGUAACCUGCUUGUGAUAAUAAACCUUUUGCACUGGCAACGUGGGGGUCACAAUGUUAUUGCACUGUUGGGCGGUGCAACUGGACACAUAGGUGACCCCAGUGGGAAAACUUCAGACAGAGUUGCAUUGCAAAGUGAAACCAUUCAACAGAAUAUUAUUGGAAUCAAGAAAAACCUUGAAACAGUAUUUGAGAACCACCAAAAAUAUAUUUGGUCAAAAGAAGAAUCAAAACUUCAACCAAUUAGGAUAGUCAACAAUGAAAGUUGGUACAGAAACAUAGAUUCAAUACAGUUUGUAAGCGAAAUUGGCCGCAACUUCAGAAUGGGGACCAUGCUGCUAAAACAUAGUGUUCAAACUCGAAUAAACUCUGAAGUUGGUAUGAGCUUCACCGAGUUUGCUUAUCAGGUCUUCCAAUCUUAUGACUGGUUGCAUUUAUUAAAGGAAUACGAUUGUAGAUUUCAGAUUGGUGGAAGUGACCAGAUGGGAAAUAUUAGUGCAGGUCAUGAGUUAAUCAGUAGAACAGCCAAACAGGAUGUUUAUGGUCUAACACUACCACUUGUGACCACCGAAGAAGGCGACAAAUUUGGAAAAUCUGCUGGCAAUGCUAUUUGGUUGGAUGCACAAAAGACUAGCCCAUUCGGCUUAUACCAGUUUUUCAUCAGAACCAAAGAUUCAGAAGUGGAAAAACUAUUGAAACUGUUCUCAUUUUAUAGUUUAGGAGAAAUUAAGGAUAUCAUGUUCAAACAUCAACAACACCCAGAGCAAAGAUAUCCUCAGACAUGUUUAGCUGACCAGUUGACCACUUUGGUCCAUGGAAAGGAAGGUUUAGAGCAAGCAUUACGAGCGACAGACGCGAUAUACAGUAAGGAUGUGAAAUCACUAGUAGCAUUGAGUUCAACUGAAUUGGAACAAGUGUUUAGUGGAGCUCCUAUUGUUACCCUUCUGUUAUCGCCAGGAAUUACUGUACUGGAACUGGGAAUGAAGGCCAAUUGCUUCCCUACAGAAAGUGAUGCCAUUAGAAUAAUUGAAGCAGGUGGUUUUUACAUAAAUCACCAGAGAAUAAAGAAAAUAGAGGAAGUUAUAACACAAUCUGCUCACAUUCUACCCAAUUUAACAUCUUUACUUAGAGUUGGAAAACGAAAUUAUUAUAUUGUUAAGUGGCAGACAUAAAUGUUUUAAAAACUA